CACGCUGCGAAUGGCGGCUGUGAGCAUCAUUCACCCUCUAUUUGCCUCUCCGAAUAUGAUUUCAAGAAUUCUGCCCCACUGUCUAUUGCGGUAGGCCUAUCUCUAGCACAAUGGGCGGUCCUCCUGAGAACGAAAAGGCCUUGCGCUAUAUAUCCCAAUUGGAUGAGGCUCGAUGCACUGGCCGCUGGAAAGAUGUCCCAGAGCUUUGUAGGAAAAUUGAAAAGCAUGCGCCACACCGUCGAUGUCUUACACUUACGGCGCGGUCCGAAGUGCAGAUAGCAACUUAUAGCACCCAGCGGCCCUCGACAUCCGCUUCCACCGCUUCCACCGGCCUCUCCAAGAUUAUACCGUCUUUGCUUACUGCUAUUGACGAAGAAGGAGACUAUGUUGAAGAUGCGUUCCAGGCGACGGUAUGCCUUGGGUGGUUACACUAUGUCCUAGAGGAGCCUGGACUGGCCGUCGCAAGACUACCGAAAGAUUUUGCCGUGGUCGCGGUGAAGAUGUCGGGCAAGGACAGUAUGCUGAGCCCAUGGUCACGAGCUUGCAUCGUUAAGGGUGUCUUUCUCAAGGGAUCUUCCCAGGAACGAAUCGCAUCUGUCGAAGACGCUGUUGGUACCUACCGCUCGAUUAUAGAGUGGCUCUCCUCCCUCAAUUCACUUGGGACCGAGUCGCCUCAGUUCAAAGCUUGGACCGAACGAUCUCUGGUGCGCUUAUGCCAGCUCUCAGAUCAAUCCGCCGAAACGGGAGAGUAUGUGGAUCCAGCAGAGGCCCUGCAGGUGUAUCGGUUCUGGGCAAAAUAUUGGGAAAGCACAGCGAAAACUACUGGAGCUGAUGGGCCAAACGCGGCAAAGUAUCGACGCCUUGCUUGGAAAGCUUACUAUGAUACUCUCUCUGCGAUUCUCCGCCACAGUCUACCAUACAAUCCAGAGUCUACAGCCUUGGAGAAUCAAAGUUUGAGUGCUUCGGAGAAAUCCCCACUCCGGAAGUGUCCAAGCUUAAGGUUACAACAGCGUGCAGAGCUCAAACGAGUCGAGACCGUCUAUGAAAGCUUAUUACUAAAGGAAACUCAUUUCCCGAAGGCGAGCGAGAGCAACAAUGAGAUCGAGGCUUGGACAGACGCUGUCAUGGACAAUUGGCGGGUGCUUUGCGGCCCAACAUGGCGUGACGAAGAUCUAGGCGAAGGUGGAAAGGAAGCUGUUGGCAGGGGCGUGCUCGACAUUCUCUAUCGGGCUGCAACAAAGACUUUCCAUUCCACGCAAAUCCUCCGACAUCUUUUCACGGUUCAUGCAUCGCUCGCGGAAUUUGAGUUGGCGUUUAAAGCCUACGACUCAUAUGUGGAAAUUAUCACCCGUGGGAAAGAUCGCGCAGAGAAGACUGGGGAAGAGGACGUAGGAAUCGAUGACGACAGCACAGUUCUUCGCACCUCUGCGGAGGCCAUUAGAGUUCUUUGUCGCUUUGGUUCUCGGAAAGAGGCCGAAAAAGCUCUCGAUAUUGGCAAUCACAUCGAAAAGUGGUUGGAACAAACGUACCAUAUCAAAUCCACGACCUCCGAAACGGGGUCAGCACAGUCCGCAGAAGCAGCAGUUGCACCAAGAGCACUUGGUAUUGCCUAUUGUGCAAUUGGCGUCUGCCAGGCUCAUUGGGCACGCUUCACCUAUGUCGCCGAUGCACGUACAGGCAUUCAGACUAAAGCUGUUCAGUACCUCCGCAGGUCUCUUGAUCCGAAGUGUGAGGACCCGAACAAUAUCGAGGCACUCUAUGCACUCGGCCUAGUCCUAGCCGAGAUGAGAGAUAUUCCAGGAGCAAUCAAGAUUGUCAAGCGUGCCCUUUCUCCAGCAACAAAGCACAAAUCAUCAAUAAGCGUAGAUGGUGUUAUGUCCCGCGGACUGACCACCGAAUACGGACGUGAGCGAAAACUAAUACCUUUGUGGCACCUGCUUGCACUUCUCUUAACCGCGAGGUCCGAGUACUCGAAUGCGGAACGGUCUUGCGAAGCAGCCUUUGAACAAUUUGGUGAUCCCUUGAUACUUUUCGGGUCAGAGGAUGAAAACCAAGCCUACCGCAGUGAACACUUGAACGAGCUCAAUGGCAAGACAGUUGCACAAAAGCCGUUGGGGUUAGUCGACCAAAUGGAAUGCUUUGAGAAGACCGGCAUACUCCAAGUCAAAAUGACACAGUUGGCACUUGUAGAAGUCGUAGAAGGGUCCAGCGCUGCUGUAGACGGCUGUGACGAGCUUCUUGCUCUUUAUGCCCGGUUGUUUGGGGAUCCAAAUGCAGAGCAAGCUAAACUACCACCACCAUCUACCGCGAUGCCGCCACCGAAAAGUGCCGUUGGCACCAUUAGAGGAAGCAUAUUCCGCUCUAGAAGCUCUGCAAAAGCCACGCCCAAGGACACAAUCGCCCGCAAUUCUUCAGUCACAACCAGUUCAAGACCUUCGACUGUGGCAACCCAAGCAACAGCUGCCCCUGCAAUUCAAGUGACUGAUGAGGAUGGGGUCGAUCGUCCGAACGGACAUAGCCACCAUCACCACAUCUUCCAGCAUAAGCAUGAUGAAGAAAGGCAGGGACCAACACGCAGCCCAAGUAAACUUCAGAAACGAAGUGCAAACAGUCUACGCAGAAGAUCGGAAAUGGAUGCUACGCAAACACCUGAUGUGCCCGACCUUCCGGAUGGGCUCCCGAACGGGACGUCUGCUCGAAACAGUUCUGUUCGCGAAAAGCCGCCUCGCCGUCCCUCGAUGUCAAAUUCGCUGAGAAGAUCAAUCGAAAGCCACGACCGGCCCUUGCGCUCCGUUCCACACAACAUGCCCCCCUCAUCACAACCACCUCUGCCCGGACAUUCACAUCAACCACCUAAGCAGGAUGUCCGGCUAUCUACACCACUUCCCGGCUCUAGUUAUAUUCCGUCGGAUCCUCGCUUUUCAAAGAUCCAAGAACGCCGCCACAGAGUGUCAUUGCUAGCAGGUAUCUGGACUUUUAUAUCAGGCUUAUACACGCGAGCUGAAAUGUAUGAAGACGCUAAAGGUGCUGUUGAUGAAGCGUUGAAGCUCGCAGAGACAUUUGAGGCGGAGGUAGCACAAGACUCCUCGACUAGCAAAUCUUUUGCAGACAGAGGCUGGGGAGGCGGUAAGAGUAUAGAAGAGCUUUGGGCCGAUGCCUUCGCUGCUCGAGCGGAGCUCCUCGUAGCUCAAUCGAUGAAGCAUGAAGCACGCUCAGACUUCGAGCGGGCUGUAUUGCAUUUCCCGGAUCACCCAGAAGCAAUCGUCGGCCUUUCUAAUAUCCUGCUUGACAUUUACUGUAAAAUCAUUCCGCUAGAACCAAGCGAAGUACCAGACGCCGCACCGGGUUUCUCACCCUCUGUACCAUCGUCUUCUCAUAAUUCAUCCUCCUCAAAGACGCAACACCUCACAUCGCACACUCCAUCAGCGGAGAAUCAGAUCUCCCCGCCAGAACUAAACCGGUUAGCAGCACGUGAUCGCGCGUUUGGGCUCCUCUCAACCCUAACCAAGCUCGGCGUAGGGUGGGACUACUCGGAGGCAUGGUACGCAUUAGCAAGAGCAUACGAAGAAAGUGGGCAGAUCGAAAAGACGAAAGAGGUGCUUUGGUGGUGCGUGGAGCUUGAAGACGCACACCCAGUCCGAAGCUGGAAGAGUGUGGCUCUUGGUGGCUUCGUGUUGUAGGGCCAUUUUGUGAGAUCGGGUAGAUAAGUUUGAUGGCUGCGAUAUCCUCAACAGCCCCUUUGGAUGAUGGGAGCAGGGCUUGGAUACAUACAGUCGUCCAGCAGUAGAUAGGUAUUUGUUCGCG